UCCUUCUUAUCACUCUCCUCAAAUUUCGAAGAAUGCAUGCGAUCGAUUUCAAAGAGAUUCAGGAGAAGCUCUCUGAUGGAUUCCGGCCUUGGCAACGAUCGUUUCAGUUCUGGGCUCGUGCCACUGACAUCUACACUGGAUACAAGGUAUUUCAACUUCGUAUGAACUUCGUUAAGGAUGUGACUAAGCACGAGGAAAUGUGGGAGGUACAACAUGAACUUGCUGCUCACAAAAUUUAUUCUAUGUGCUCUGACCUCGGUGGGUUCUUCCUUAAGAUUGCACAAAUUCUAGGAAAACCUGACCUGGCUCCAGCUGCGUGGGUCAGAAAACUCGUCACUUUGUGUGAUCAUGCUCCUGCCACAUCAUUUGAUGCCAUUCGAGUUGUCCUUGAGAAAGAGUUAGGUAAAAGCAUCGAAGAAGUAUUUGAAACAUUUGAUGAUAAGCCUCUUGGCUCUGCUUCUAUUGCUCAGGUACACCGAGCAAGAAUAAAAGGUGACAAGAGGGAUGUUGUUGUAAAGGUCCAACAUCCUGGCGUUGAGAAAUUGAUGAUGGUGGAUAUCAGAAACUUGCAAAUAUUUGCAUUAUACAUGCAGAAAACUGAUAUCAAAUUUGACUUGUUCUCCAUGACAAAAGAAAUCGAGAAGCAGAUUGGGUAUGAAUUUGACUUUAAAAGGGAGGCCAAUGCUAUGGAAAAGAUCCGACGUUUUCUUUAUGAUAACAAUAGAAAGAGUCCUGUCCUGGUUCCCAGGGUGCUUCCAAAUUUGGUGACUAGAAAGGUUCUGGUGAUGGAUUACAUGAACGGAAUCCCAAUCUUGAGCCUCGGUGAUGAGAUGGCCAAAAGAGGGAUAAAUCCUCAUGGUAAAAUGGCAGAGGCAGCAAAAUUCAAUAUACUAAACAGUUUGUCCCAAGCAUAUGGCCAAAUGAUACUGAAGAGUGGUUUCUUUCAUGCGGAUCCACAUCCUGGGAACAUCUUGAUUUCUAAAGGUUCAGAGGUUGCACUGUUGGACUAUGGACAAGUGAAGGAACUCCCUGACACCCUGAGACUUGGUUAUGCAAAUUUGGUAAUUGCCAUCGCUGAUAACAAUGCCUCAUUGGCAUUACAGAGCUUUAGGGAACUUGGUAUAGCUACAGUUGCCAAGUGUAAGAAUGAGCAACAAGAGCUUCUCCAGUUAGCGAAAACAAUGUUCGACACAGAGAUGCCUCCUGGUACGACAACUCUGCAACCUUUCUCAGAAGACUCUUCGAUCAAAAAGAUUUCGGUUGAGGCAUUUCCAGAGGAGCUUUUCUCUGUUCUUCGCACGGUAGUUCUGUUAAGAGGACUCAGCGUAGGGAUAGGGAUAAACUACUCCUGCGCUCAACACUGGAGGUCUAUGGCAGAAGAGGCUUUGGUUGCAUCUGGAAGACUCUCAACAAGUUAAGACAAUGAAAACAACUCUUUGAUAGUGAGUGAUUUACCAAAAACACUUUAAUAAUGGAAAAUAAAAUUUCAGGUAGAAA